AUGGUGGAGUGGGUGGAUGAGGAGCUCACUGUUGAGGAGGUUGCAUUGCUGACUGUGCUCCUCACUGAGAACUGUGAUGUCUUCACACUGUUGCUCCUGUGCCUGGGCCAGGCCAACCAUGCACCCCAUGAGAUUGACUUGCAGGGCCACCAGCCUGUCAAGUGUCACCUGUGUCAAGUGUUGCUGAAGGAGAUGGUGGUUCAGUCCACUGAGAUAUCCAAGAUGCUUGAGGCUGGAGUGGUGCGGCUGUUGAAGGGGCCAUGGGUGUUGCUGGUGGUGCUGGUCACAAAGAAGGAUGGCUUGACUAGGUUCUGUAUUGACUAUUGGGCUCUCAACUGCAUGACCAAGAAGGAUAGCUACCUGCUGCCCCAGGUGGAUGUGAUCCUGGACAUGCUUUUGAAGUUGAUACCAGUCCAGGAGGAAGACAUCAAGAAGACUGCAUUCACAAUGCAGCAUGGGAUGUACAAGUUCAUGGUGAUGCCAUUUGGGCUCACCAACAUGCUGGCCAGUUUCCAGUGGGAUAUGGAUGUUGUGCUGUCUGGGCUGAACUGGGUGUUGACUCUGGUCUACAUCAAUGAUAUCAUUGUGUUCUCCAGGACUUUUGAGGACCAGAUGCACCUUCAGGAGGUGUUCCAACAGCUGCAGGCAGCAACCAUGUACAUGAAGCCCAGCAAGUGCAAUUUCUGCCAGCAUGAGCUGCUGUUCCUAGGGCACAUCAUGCAUAAGGACAGUAUCAUGGCCAACCCUGAGAAGCUACAUGCCAUCCAGGGCGUUCAAUCAGCUGAAGAAGCAGCUUAUGUCACCCCAGUGCUGGUGUUCCCCAACUUUGAGCAGCCAUUCUACCUGCACACUGAGUUCUUCAUUGUCACUGACCAUGUGGCGCUGAAGUGGCUCAUGAAUGCCCAGGAGCUGAGGGGCCAGCUGGCAUGGUGGUCCAUGAAGCUGCAGCCAUACAAGUUCAAAGUGACCCCUACAGCAACCAAGUGA